AUGGACUUUCAAAGGAUAGCAACAUAUUGUUUCAUCUUUUCCUAUUUAAUUUUCUGUCAUAUAACAUGGAAUGGAUGUUAUAACAUUUAUUCUAGUUCUGAAGAUGAAGUGUAUAAUUUGUUAUAUUAUAGAAAGAGAGAACAUAAACCUGUUAAAUUAGAAAUAAGAAAUAAAAUAAAAUUAGACGACGUAAAAAAAGUUUAUGUGAAGAAAACCCCAUGCCCUGUCUUACCAAGACCAAUUAGAUCAAUAUUCCAUCUAAACUGGUUCAGAAAGUCAUCUGACCUAGUGCCUAUAAGUAUACAGUUAUAUUCUAUGUUUGAUGAAAAAAAUAAUUUCUUAGGAUUUGUUCUUUUAUCCUCUGCAAUUUUUACUAUAAUAGAGUGGAUAUAUAUAGCCUAUUUAGCAUUUGUAUUAUUAUGGGAUGGAAUUAUUAAACCAAUAUUUAAAAUUCUAUAUUUAGUUAUUUCAUUAUACUUAAUAAUGAAGUUUACAGUAGUAUUUCUGCCGUAUACGAAGUCCUAUAUAUCUGAAGAAAAUUACAAAUAUGUAUCGUCCUUUAUCUUUUAUUUUUAUAAUUUAAUUACCAAGAUAUCGAAGGAAUUGGGACAAUUAAUGAACAGAGUUAUUCAAGAAAAUGCAACUUUAAAUAAGGAACUAUAA